AUGGGAAAAACAUCAAAGGACAAACGUGACAUUUACUAUCGUUUAGCUAAAGAAGAAGGUUGGAGGGCACGAAGUGCAUUUAAAUUGAUGCAAAUUGAUGAGGAAUUCAAUUUAUUCGAAGGUUCACACUUUUCGUUGCGUUUAUAUUCAUUCACAUGUAAAGUGCGUUUGUUUAAUCUCUUUUAUUACGAUUCUUCCACAAAAAAGACAAAAUAA